GGGCGUGGUGCACGAUAUAGUUGGGAGCAGAUGUCUGGACGCUGAUGACGGUCUACGCCCCCUCGGAUCCGAGGGAGCGCUUGUCUUUCCUUGAGGAGCUACCAGCUAUCGUGCCUGCUGCAGACAACCUCGUUUUGGCGGGUGACCUCAACACUGUCCUCACACCAGGCCUGGACUCGCAGGAGGUGACGGCAAGGAAAAACGAUGCUGUUAUGCUCUCCAGUUUUAUGGCACAGCGUGGACUGGUAGACGCGUACAGGACCACUCAUCCAUUAGAACCAGGUUAUACCUGGUUCUCAUCACAGGUCAUGGGUGACCGCCCCCCACCAAAGCGCAGGCUCGAUCUCGUCUUGGCUGCAGGUGCCUCCUGGGAUGCCCUGACGUCGGUGGAGCUGUCAAUCGAGUCUAUGUCGGAUCACCGUCCAGUGAUUGCCAAUUUUAUUCUACCCGACCUGUUGCCAAGAGGCCCAGGCACCUUUCGCCUCAACACGGAGUUAUUAAAUGAUCCUAACGUCACCCAAUGGGUCGCUGAUCAUUGGCUCAGCUGGCAAGCCGAGAAGGAAGGAUUCGAGGGGGAAGAAGAGUGGCUGCAAAUGGGCUUUUGCAUAGUCACAAGGGCAUUGGAUGUGUUCUCAAGAAUAAGAGCUCGAGGUAGAAGGCAGGAGGAGGAAAAAUGCAGGCUCUUGAUAGCAGAGGCGGAAGCUGAGUUGGACAAGCGGCCUCUGACUGAGUUAUAUUGGCAACACAGGCGGGAUCACUGGCUUCAGCAAUUGGAGGCCAUCCAGGUCGAGCAACAGACACUAUGGGCCAGAAGAGCACAGGAGAAGGGUAUGGCUACAGGUGACCGGAUGUCUAAAGAGACUUUCCAACGCAUCUGCCCACCACGAGCGCACAGCCUGAUGCGGGAGAUGCAGCACCCGUUUCACCAGGAGGCCGAGUUGGCAAGAGAUUCAUCAACAAUUGGGGAAUAUGCUCUUAUCUAUUUUAGGGAUAUUUUAACGUCAAGAAGACCUGACAACACACCGCUUCAGCAACUGAAGGAGGAGCAUGACCUGUGGCAGCACACUCCCACAGCACUCUCGCAAGCAGCCAGCAACCUUCUUGAGGCGCCCUUCACAUUGGACGAGCUACACCAGACUGUUAAGUGUAUGGCAAAGGGGAAGAGCCCCGGGUCAGACGGUCUCCCAAUCGAAUUUUAUGAGAUAACCUGGGAACACACCGGUCCGAUCUUGCUCGAGCACUACAACAAGUUGGCGCAGGGAGGCAAGUUAACCAAUGACAUGAAGCUGGGCAUUAUCACAUUGAUAUACAAGAAAGGGGACAAAUCCAAUGUCCGAAACUGGCGUCCGAUAUCCCGACUAAAUGUCUCCUACAAAAUCCUCGCCAAGAUGAUGGCAAGAAGACUGGCCCCGUUUCUGCCAACACUGGUCCACCCAGACCAAGGGGCCUUCGUCCAGGGCAGAUCGAUCGUGGAAAACAUGCUGAUGGCAGCCGGCGCUCUAGAGAUUAUUCAGAGGGAAAACAUGCAAGUUUUGGUCGCGAUGCUUGACCUGGAGAAGGCCUACGACCGAGUCAACUGGUCGUUUGUGCUGGCCACGCUGGAGCAUAUGGGUUUUGGCCCGAUGUUUAGACUUUGGGUGAGGGAACUAUACAGAGACUCGACAGCGACAGUUAACGUCAAUGGUUUCCUCUCGCAAACCUUCACGCUGACACGCUCCCUUCGCCAAGGCUGUCCACUCGCUUCGCUCCUCUUUGCGCUGCAGAUGGAGAUCCUCUUGAAUGCACUCCGAGCUUCCCCUCGAAUCACCGGCUUGGACCUGGGGGAAGGUGAGGAAAUGCUCAUAGGUGCCAUAGCAGAUGACCUCCUUCUUGCUAUGGAAGCCACAGAGGAAUCCCUCUACGAAGCUAAGAGCAUUUUGGACUGUUAUGCCCAGCUCUCGGAGGCCCAAGUUAACUGGGGGAAGUCUAUUUACUUCCUCCCAGCAGACUAUGAACUCCCGGGGCUAGACUGGGGGAUGCAGCGUAUCGCUCCGGACAUCUCGGACCGCUAUCUUGGAAUGCAGGUCUCAUUGGUGAAUGCACGUCCCAAACAACAAGCUAUCCUCGUAGACAAGACCAAGGCCAGCCUGCAGAAGUGUCGGACUGCAGUUGGCAUCUCACUACUAGGGAGAGCUAUGCUGCUUACGUCUGCGGUAUUCGCACAGAUAUGGCAUGUGGCAGCAGUCUGCCUCAUCAGCAGACAAACAGCGAAGCAGAUAACGGUGGAGGCGGCCAAAUAUCUGUGGAAGCCCACUGCAUUAGAGGGGCAGGGAUUUGCUUCAAAAUGUGCCUGGUCCAAAGUAUCCGCCAAGAAACAGCAAGGAGGCCUGGGGAUCAUUGAUCCCUAUAAACAAAACCUUACCUUGCUUACAAAAUGGCUCCAAAAAGCCUCUACGCAGGAGGAACGAAGGACGUGGCAACCUGUGUUGGAGUACAUCCUGCAACAUGAGCUCCACCUUGCCAGGAAGAAUGAUGUCUGGGCUACCAUCUUCAUGUCAUCGUACAGACGCAGACAGCUCCAGUCGCACCUCACCGGAGCCUGUUGGACUGCUUGGCGAACWCUUGCUCCUGCUGGUGURAAACCUCCAAYCACCAAAGAUGAAGUCUUGGAUCAAUUACUCUUUGAUAAUACAGAAAUACGAAGUACGCACGGUCACCCCUUUGCUGCAACUGCAGCGCCGGGCUCCUUCGGUAGACGUUGGACGGAGAGGGGCGUAACAAGGAUCUCAUAUUUGUGGGAGGAGGACACAAAGGUAUGGACUUCGACAGAAAAGCUCAAGCGUAAACUGAGAGGGCUGCAGCUGAUUGAGAAAAGGCGACUUCAACUCACCGGUGCCAUCCCACCGGAGUGGGUAGACCUUCUCACUACCGAAGCCCCAACUGAAGGUGAAUGGUACCGGCACACGGAAGAGUUGGGGGAGACCUCCAUACUCAGGAUCGCCGAGCAAGUAGACGCCAACAGCUGGGAAGCACAGGAGUGGAAGCCAGGCGAGGACCUGAAGCACCCCAACAGACUUAGGCCUGGAGACAGCUGUGCCAUAUACACAUCUGCAGGCCUGCAGACCAUAUGAGUACUGAUGACAACCCGCAGAGGCAUCACCACUCACGACCUGCUAGCGGGAGGAGUGCCAAUCAGGAGACUCAAGAUUGACCCGC